AUGCGCGGAAUAGCAUCUAUUGAAAUUAACUCCGAUUAUGAAGAGAUAAGCAACGAUGCCCCGAGUAGUACUGAUAACUCAGAUAAUGAGGGCGUGAACCAUGAAGCAAACGGCGAUUCUGAUAAUGCUGAUAACGAAUCCUCAAAUGACAAUUCACCUGCACUUAAUAUAGUGAGACAUCCAAAUUAUAAUGUCGUCAAUGUUCCAAAUAAUGACAUCGACGCCAAUAACGCAGAACAUGAUUCUGAAAAUGAGGAAGAAGAAGGAGCACGCAGUGACUCCCAGCGGCUGGAGUAUGAUUGGAAUUAUGCUGAGCAAGAUUCUAUCAGUGACUCAGAUGAUUAUGAUUGGAAUUUCGGUUACGAAGAAGAUCAAGCUGGAGCAACUAAUUCCAGUCAAAAUACGAAUACUACCACCCAAACAACGAAUGCAGAAAAGGAUGAUAAAGGCGGGCCUAGUAAUUCAGGAAAUCAAGAUUCGGCUAGUGCAAAUCCAGAAAACGCAGAUAAAAAUGAUUCCAAGAGUGGAAAACCAGAGGAACCAGAUGAACCAGGUGAUACAGCUAAUGCAAGCUCUCAGAGUCGAAAACCCGACGAUUUAGCUGAGAUAGAAGAUGAUAACUUAAAACUGUUUCACAGUUUAGAACUAGAUGAAACUAAAAACGCACAAGCCGAGGGUAUGAGCUCAGCGGAUAACCCUAGUUCAGAUGAUAAUGAAACUACAUCAGAUGAAAAUAAAAUGAGUAAUGAUGCGGCAGACAUAAGCGAGAUGACAUUUGGUAGUUUCAGCUAUGAUUGUGGCCGUGGUGCCAUACGAAGGACAGGUCAAAGCAGUAAUAGGGACCGCGAUAUUUUUACUCCAACAACCCGUACUACUAUCAGAAAACCUAACCAAAAUGCUUACAGAAGAUCUCCUUUCGAAAACUCCGACGAAUACUCAACGCGCGGUUAUCAGUCAAUCCAGCAGGACUUUAAUUAUGCAGAUUAUAUUAAUGUCUGUGCGAGUAGUUUUACGGAAUCUGAUCCUGUCGAAAGUGAUAAUUUUUCCGGUUACCGUUCACCGAACUUAUCUCGUUAUGGCAAUCUUAACUCACCAGGAUUUGGUGAUUCUGGUGAGCAUAGCUAUGAGACCGAGCGUUCAGCUGUCCAUGAAGCUCCUGCAAACCCGGAGCAUGGAACAAAUCAAACUCCUGCAUACAGUACUUCUGGUACUGGUAACUCUGGCGGCGACAAUCAAACGUCACUUUCCUCCAGCAAUCCGGUCUCGCCAAGCCACGGUAUCCAGCACGCGUCAUCUGAAUUCAAUACACCAGGCUACGACGGUCCAGGUUGGUCAGAUCAUAGAGCUCCAUAUUCGUCCUUAUAUGAAGGUCCACGUUCGCAUAUCUACGCUGCUCCAGAGAUUUCAAGUUAUUGCACCGAAGCGCCAGAAUAUAGCUCAUCCCGCUCACCCAGAUAUGCUGCUGUAGGGUCUUCAGGCUUUUUUGGAUCUUCUACCUAUGAUAUUUCUGUUUCUUCACGCUAUGGCGUUCCUGGCUUGACCGGCUACGAUCCCUCAAGUUCUUCAAACUAUGAAGUCCCUGCCUCUGCACAAUACUGUGUCCCCACCUACUCGACCUAUGGCCCCUCGCCAUCUUCCUCUUGGACCUCAAGUUCACCUGUUACAGAAUACGGCACGGUGGCUCCAUCCGGCUACUGUGCUCCAAUUUCAGCCAGCUAUGGUGCCCCAGAAUUGUUUGACUACAGAACCUCAAACUUAUAUGGUUAUGGCACCCAAUGUGCACCCAUCUAUGAUGCCUCUGCUUACUAUGGUUACAGUACCGAUUAUAGUUCAUUUGGGUACUGUAAUAUUGGAUCUUCUGGCUACAGUGCCUCUAUGUCUCCUGGUUAUGAUGUUUCGGGGUCUGCAGGCUUCUGUCCUUCAGUGGUAUCUACUUAUAGCACCACGCGCUCUUCAAGAUGCAGUGCGCAUGACUAUGGUACUCCACAUUCACCACAAAGGGCUAGCUCUACUGUUUCAUCAUCAUCUUUCUCCCGCAACCCAAGCUCUUUAGACUACGGCAUAUCAAACUUAUCUGUUUGUGAACCAGUAUCAAGUCAUUAUGGACCUUCAGCCUUUUCUGGAUUCGGGGCAUCACGGUCUACUGGACAUGGCAUUUCGAGGGCUUCGAGACACGGCGCUCCGUGCAUGGCUGGGAGUUGUCCAUCAGGAAUCGGACUUGGACUACAGGCCAAAAUCGACGAAAUACUCAAAUCUGCAGACAAAGCUAAAAAGAGUGAUUCUAAUCGUGUACUACUGGAGGUCUCCGAUACACCCCCAUUCUCAUUUGAUUUCCAACUGGGCCAACGGGCUGAUAAUGAAUACCGUGGGUACGGUAUAAUUGAAGAAAUAACAGCACAUUUGAAUGAAGAAGCACGUCGAAGUCCGGUGCCUGGACUUGGAUACGGGCGUGGCCGAGCUGCUGGUCGCGGGCGAAGUGCAAUAUUUGGCCCAUUGCAAGACAUUGGAAAUACACAGGCUCAGCGUGGCCCACGUAGACCCCUGAUUGAAGUCAUUGGCGGAACCGAUUUUGAAGUAGAGAUUGAACCAAGACGUGGACGUGGCCGUGGCAGGGGACGUCGCGGUGCAAAUGGUAACUAA